CGACACUUUACUCUGACUACAGCUGCUUCGAGGAAGAGCCACAGCAGGAGGCCAACGCGAAGGACCGUGGUAUCUGAGAGCACACCGUGGGAAAGAUGGCAGCCAUCAGGAAGAAGUUGGUGAUAGUUGGGGAUGGAGCAUGUGGAAAGACCUGUCUGCUCAUCGUCUUCAGCAAGGACCAGUUCCCAGAGGUCUACGUCCCCACUGUGUUUGAGAACUACAUUGCUGACAUUGAAGUGGAUGGCAAGCAGGUGGAGUUAGCGUUGUGGGAUACAGCGGGCCAGGAGGACUAUGACCGACUGAGGCCUCUCUCCUACCCCGACACAGACGUUAUCCUCAUGUGCUUCUCCAUAGAUAGCCCUGACAGUUUAGAGAACAUUCCUGAGAAAUGGACGCCUGAAGUGAAACACUUCUGUCCCAACGUCCCGAUCAUUCUUGUGGGUAACAAGAAGGACCUUAGGAAUGAUGAACACACACGCAGGGAGCUGGCCAAGAUGAAACAGGAGCCAGUUAAGUCUGAGGAGGGCAGAGACAUGUCCAAUCGCAUCAGUGCCUUUGGCUAUCUGGAGUGCUCCGCCAAGACCAAGGACGGCGUGCGGGAGGUGUUUGAGAUGGCCACCAGAGCAGCGCUGCAGGUCCGCAAGCGCAAGAAGAGGGGCGGCUGCCAGCUACUGUGAAGGGAUGGAGUUUGUUGGCCAAUCAGAACCUGAGGGAGGGCUCCCCCUUUAACUUUGAGAAACCUUAAAUCAAUGGCUUCCAUGGACUAUACUUACUUCACAGAUGCAGAUAUGCCACAGAAGGAUAUGAAAGACUGACACACCUGUUUAAAAGCAAAACAAAUCAGCCUUUUUUAAAAACUCUAUUUCCUCUGCUACUCACACACUGUUUCUGUUUGUUUUCCUCCACCAGCCUGUUUGCGUGAAGGACCUGCCCCCUUCCUCCUAUAUGAAUGUAUGUUUGUAUUUAUAUGUGCAUAUACUUUACAAGUACAUCAUGCGUCUGCCUCUGUGUUACAAUUGUUUACAGAGAAAGGUCUUGUAGCUCACGUGCCCACUGCCUGUUCUGCUCUCAUGGCUGGAAGUUGUAGCCAGUUUUAGUUUCACUUUAAUUGAUAUGGACCCCCUGCUUCUCUGGAACCUGCACGUACCACUCAUUCUCCUUCAGUCACAAUCCAUCUAUUGUCAUACCACUAUUCAUUUUACACCCUAAUGUCCUAUUUUACCAAGUGCUGAGCCAGCAGAGCUGUGUUUUGCCCAGCUUUCUCUUCUGACAUAAAGGACUAAAUUUAGAGCGUGUUCACACUGCAUUAAUCCACUGAAACCUACAUAAACUGAAGCAGCAGCGGCUAUUUGUGUGGGGAGGUUUUGGACUGCACCUUGCUCCGUCUCUCUUCCAUGGCGACAGCUUAAACUGGCACCGGAGACAGUUCUCCAUUGUCAUGGACACAAUGCGCUCAGUCAUACUCACACUGGCUCUGACAGACUUGCCUCCACCAAGACGUCACCAACGCCUUCCCCAAACAAGCCUCCUGUCUGAACUCUGUACUAUUGAUUCAGAUCCAGUAUACAGUCGUUACGCAUCACUGUGUACUGCAUUUAGUGCACACUGCAAUCUCCAGGUUGGAUAAUGGAUGCUGUAUACAGCCACAAUGAUAGUUAGACAGACUGUAGGCCCAUUCUGUAUUUAAAAGUUUUAAUAAAUCCAACUGACAAUAUGAUUGACAGCUCAGACGUUAUUGCUAAUGUGCCAUCUCCUCAGUUUGGCUCAUCAAAUCAGUAGCUCUCUUGACUAUUUGAAAUCAGAUUGGAAAAAUAAGGAUGUCUGAGUGUCCAGUCAAAGGUUUUCUCUUGAUUAGCCCUUAAAGAUGAUUGAAAUGAGGCCAACUGAUAGACACAGUGUGUAUGUGUGGGAAACAAUGGGGGGGACGUUGAAAACUGAAACUAAAUUUCAUUAUUAUCAUAAAGGUGGUGUUCAUUUGAACAAGAAACUGCAACAGAAUUGGGAUGAAAAGCCUGAGAGCCAACUUAGUCAGUGGCCCCAAUCACAGUUUAACCUUCGGUAAUUUUCUCCAGACGUUUUUUCUCAUCACUGUGUGACAGAAUCAUCGAACCACCUCAUCGCCUCAGUCAGUGUGUGCUUCUGUGUCAAGUGGAAUACAUAUCACAUAUCAGGUCCUGUCAUGAAAGUCCCUGCAUUGAUCUUACCACCAUCAUAAGCUACAACUGUGGUGGUCUCUUUUAUCCAGAACAUUCAGAUCCAUAGAGAUCAGAAUGUUGCGGACUUGGGCUAUUUCCUGGACAGUGCCUCUAUGUCUGUAAUGUCAAAAACCAUAAGUGGAGAGAAAAUGUUGAUUGUGAUGACGCUUUCCAAACAGGAGUGGGAUAUGUUGAAUGUCUGGAUGAGACAAACAUGUUAAUAAAGUAUUUUUGAAAUACUA